UGUUACAUUAAUAUCCGAUGAAGAAUGAAUUGCAGGCUUAUAUUAUUACAGGCUUAUAUCACAUCCUAUUACAGGCUUAUAUCAAGUAUACAUUUUUUUAUCACAUAUCUGUAAUUGAUUGUACAUGAGGUAUUUUUAAACGGAGAAAUUUAUUUUUAUUUGUUUUAAAAAGAAGAGCUAUAGAGAUUUUUAUACGUAUGUGAUAUAUGUUGUGAUAAAUGAUUUUAUUGUUGAUUUUAGUAUUCCGAAAUAGAGCAUUAGAUGUUGCCCUUUUUUGUUGGCCUUACUCGUAAAUUUUCAUAUAUGAUUCUUUUUCAUAUGCAAGAAGCUGCCAAUAAAAUGAAUCUGUUUUUUUGUUUCGUUGGCAUUCGUUGGUAGCUCUAGUUUGUGGAAAGAAAAUUCAACAACAUCGUUGACACAUUGGCCCCAUUAUUGAUAAUUCUGACUUUAGGAGUGUCAAAAGGGUUCUGUUAAAUUUGUUACAAAAUAGCCCUCUAUCAAAAUAGAAUAAGCCUAGUUAUAGACUUCAUGUACCAAAAUCAUAACUGAUUGGAUAUAUAUGGUAGUUUCUGUGGAAUAAGCUAGUAAUACUUUGUAUGAAGAUGAACAUUCCGAGUAGGCUAGAUGCACUCUUGCUAACAUUCUCUAGCUUAAGUGGCUUUAUUGUCACUUAAGUUCCAUAAUAAUGGACAAUAAUUGAAAUUGCAUAGGAUAUGUAUUGAAUUGCACUCAAUACGUUACCACAAGAUGCUUCAGUUCUCCAACAAAGAAACCCCCUGAUAGAUCCAAACAACAUGGCUUCCUUGAGUUUGAGAACAACGAAAAAUUUCGAUGUUGUUUUUUAAGUCUACUAAACUGCGUCGGAAAUUCUCAAACCGUCGUCGAAAAUGACCCAGAAACAAGAAAGUGUACCUAAAUAUGAGGGACGAUUUCCAUAGUAAUAAAAGGGUAAAGCCCCCAAAGAAGAAAUGAGUUUUUGGGUCCUUCUUAAUAAAAAUUAAUCAGUUCCACAUCUGUAUUACAGGGCAAGAAUGAUUUUCACUAUUCGUGCCAAGGCUCCAUUAUAAAUCUGGAAUGGUAGGUCAAUAGUUGGUUUUUACCAAUUUUUUCCUUUUUUUCUUAACUGAAACUUUAAGCCACGGUGCAUUUCCUGUAUACCUCACCCCGUAAGUAUGCUAAGGAUAGGCCAGGUAUAUACCAAGGUUCCUGUGCGAUCAUUACGCCGGCUGUCCUUAUUCAUUACCUAGGUGUAAAGUUGAAUAAAUUUUCCUUUUUGGACAUGUUUAAGUUUUUUAUUUCUACAGAUGGUCUAGGGUCUCAACUUGGGCUCACAACCUACACAGUUUCUUGUUUAAUCUGCAAUAGAGUAAAAUAUAAGAGGACUUGGCUAUCCUUUCUCAAAUCUCUCGAAUUUUUCCUCUUUGGUAGUCAUUUUCUCGGUGGAACAAGAUCUGCUGUCCUAGACUAUCAUUUACAAGGGUAGGCUUUUACUAGGCGGCUGUGACCGGAUAUUUGUAUCGUGUGACCCGCUUUUCUUGGCCCACUCAAGCAGAUGCGCCGAAAGCUUCAUGAUACGGCGGGGGCAAGAACAACAGAAAGGGCACCCUGGGGGUGUCAAAGUUUGCUGCUGAAACAAAUCGGGUAUCUUCGUGUAGCCUGUGACGAACCCUGGUUUUAGGCGAAGGCCUUGUCUAUGGGACAAAUGUCCCACCACGCAGUACGCUAAAAGCAUCAAAUAUGAAUACCACGCAGUACGCUAAAAGCUGCCCGGUGCUACCCCGAUGAUGCCCCGGUGCUACCCUGAUGCUACUCCGGUGCUACCCUGAUGCUACCCCGGUGCUGCCCUGAUGCUACCCUGAUGCUACCCCGGUGCUGCCCCAGUGCUGCCCCGGUGCUACCCCGGUGCUGCCCCGGUGCCGGAACACUUUUUCCGUAAAACGUGAAAUAUUUGCGGCAUAGUUUAUCCUUUUUUUAUUUCAUCGCACUAUGAAGCGUCAAAAAAUUCUUGCAAACUAGAAACGUGCAGUAUUGAUUUCGAAAAUGUGCAGUAUUGAUUUUUGGGAUUUGUGAAAAUGUCUUUUUGCGGCUAUCCCAGAUUCCUGCUAUGUUCACAAAAUAUGAAUUUUCCUCGUCACUUGGAUAUAGAGUUCAUGUAUUGUAAUUAUCGUAUAACCAUCGGAAAGACUCUCUUAUCAAAGCUUAAAACAACAAGAUUUCCUAUAAAAAAUGUUAUUAUAAAUGUGCAGUAUUAAAUAGGCCCUGGUCCUCUACAUGUAAGCGAAAUCUCAAAUCUGAAUAUGUUUCUUAUCAAUACCGAGGUCUCGGCAAAAAGUACCCCAGGAGAAGGGGAGGGCCACCCCUCUUCAUGAAAUCAGCUCCUAAGCGACCUCACAAAAGCUGGGUCAUCUGAAACCCUUGUUGUGAAGAUUUUCAAAAUUAGCAACAAUGUUUAGCCACUCAAUGCAUAAAUUUCUUAACACAUUUGACAAAGAUGUGAUUUAGUUACUUUUUCUUUGUUUGUUUACAGAAACUGCUAUGAAAUAUCUAGGCCAAACUCUAGAAAAAGCCGAAAAUAGGUCAUAAUUCAAUGCUUGGAUAUUAGUAACAGAAUCUAAAUAUUAAUUUUUAACAAUUUUAACCAAUUUUUGAUUUUAUAUAAUCAUUGAUAUUUUUAAACUAUUUCAAAACCACACUCAGGGUUGGUCUGGCGUCAAAAUUUUAGGGUGGCUAGAAAACCCAAAGGCCCGGCUUAGGGGUUGGCGGGAAAAAUUGAGCCACACCCACUACAAGUGUGGCUUAAAAUACCAUUGAUUCAAUAAAAAUUGAUAAUAAAGCAAUACGCUAAACAACAGCAGUAUAUCGACUUUAAUUCGUAAAUUCGGACCCAAUUGGAUCCAUACCUUUCCUUUCCUGAAACAGGCUUUAAAAUCCCAUGUAGAGUUAAGAAUCAAGAUCAAAACUUAUUUAAAUUCUCAGAGUUUCAACUCUUUUCAAAGAAGUGCAAAUGAAUCAGCAAAUUGGCCAAUGACUUGCUCGUAAUCAAGUGGAAAGUUUUAUCUUCUUUUGAAAUUAUCAGUAGCGCUGAAUAAUCUUUCAAAGGAAAUUUGGGUGCAGCUAAGUGUCAUCAAGCAUUUAUACGCGUUGUAGAGGGAAGGGUAUGCUGCUAGGUGCAUGUUGUAUUCACUAAUUUUUUAUAGAAACCAGUACUCGGGCCGAGUCAGCCCGGGCCGAGUCAGCCCGGGCCGAGUCAUCCCAGAUCAACCUUGGCUAGGUAACUUUGUGUUCGCACUACAGAAAUAUUACUUGGUGUUGUGAAGUAGUCAUAGUAACGGUUACGGCACUUGCGUAGUUAGUGAGUUCGAGUUAGAGUCGAGUCAGUCGAGAUAGUAAGACUGAAGGUCUUGCGGAGAGGGAACCGUGCCGUGGUGACAAAACUAGAAAGGGAAGUCACCACAUCGAUUAGAGAAUUCGCUUCGCCAGCAGAGGUAGCAAACAUUACAGCAAGAUUUAAAUCCAUUGAAAUUUCUCUGAAGGAGAAACAGAAAUACCUCAAGGACUUGGACGACAAAAUUUUGAUUAGUUGCUCCAUGGAGGAGAUCGAAAAGGAAAUCGAGGAAGCUUCAGAUUGGGAAACCAAGAUAAACGAAGUGAUUGCGAAAAUUGAUGAAUUUAAGAGAGGGAGUUAUGGCCCUUCUCCGGCUAGCAGCAGACGCUCCAGCAUUCAAGCGUUUUCUCAAAGCGAGGAAAGAAGUCAACAUGAGAAUAUUCUGUCAUUGCCAGCGCAAAAUCUGAAUCGGAGGUCAGAGGAGUCGAAUGUAGGCGCAGGAGUGAAGUUGCCAAAAAUAAACCUACCACGUUUCAACGGUGAUGUCACUAGAUUUAGUUCGUUUUGGCAAAGUUUCGAGUGUGCGGUGCACAAUAAUGGCUCAAUACCCACUAUCAACAAGCUGAAUUAUUUGUUUAGCCUACUGGAAGGCCUAGCAUAUCGAGCAGUCGAAGGAUUGAACUUGCAAGAAGAAAACUAUAAUCAUGCAGUUGACAUUUCACGAUUCGGUAAGCGACAAGCAAUAAUUAAUGCACAUAUGCAAUCGCUCUUGAAGUUGCAGGAUUGUCCCAAUGAAAAUGUUGAACAGCUGAGGAAAUUUAUGACACCAUAAAUGUACAUGUACGUGGGUUGGAAUCGUUAGGAACAUCUGCAGAGAGUUAUGGGAACUUGCUGAUUCCAGUUAUCAUGUCGCUUAUGCCUACGGCGAUAACUCUACAAGUGGCUCAGAAAACUGCAGAGGAUACAUGGGAUAUCAAAGACAUCUUAGAAACAAUUCGAACGGAACUGGAAGCCCUUGAAAUAAGUGCAAAGAUUUCAAAUUCGCCAAGAGAAACCAGUACAACAAGAGUCCAGCAAGUACGUUUCAAGUCACAACAAGGAACGACGAGAUCUUUCGUUGCAAAGGACAAGGGGCUAGGCACAAAGCCACAGCAGUGGAAAAUGGCAUGUCUUUUCUGCAAAGAAGAUCAUUCUGCAGUUAACUGUAACAAAGUAGCAAGUGUUCAAGAAAGACAAGAACUCCUGAGAGGCGCGAGGAGAUGUUUUCGCUGUUUAAAAAUUGGUCACACAAGGGAUGUUUGUCGCAGCGAUCGGAAAUGCAAAAUCUGCAAUGGGAGACACAUCACCAGGUACUAUGCUACAAGAACCAGAAAGGUGACGUCAGAGGGAACGAGUUCGUGUCUGAAGCAAACAAGAGGUAGCAACUGUGAUGGCUUUAGCGAAUUCCGAUCCCAGUGUAUUGAUGCAGACGGCAAAAGCCUAUGUUUAUGGUGAAGACAAGACAAAUCGUGUCUUGGUGAAUAUCCUAUUCGACAGUGGCUCGCAGCGAAGCUAUGUAACAGAGGCAUUAGCGAAGAAACUCGGUCUGAAGGCUGACGGUUCACGUCACCUUUGGGUCAGACAAGUAUCGUAAAACAAAGUUUAACAAAGUUAUUGUUAAUGUAGAAACACCAGGUGACGAAGUUAUCGCAGUCAGUGCGCUUAGUCAUUCAGUUAUUUGUACUCCUCUCAGCACGCGUCUUAACAUAAGCAACUACCCCCAUUUGAAUGGUUUGCAAUUAGCCGACUGUUUCGACGUAAGUCAGUUUCAAGUUGAUAUGUUGAUUGGCUUGAAUGCUUAUUUUGAUUUUGUGCAAGGGGAAAUGAUUAAGGGUGGCUCUGGCACUUGUCACAGACCAUAAGCCCCUAGAGAUUAUAUACGGAUCGCCAAGCUCUAAGACAUCAGCCAGGAUAGAAAGAUGGGUUUUACGCUUGCAGCCAUAUCAGUUUACAAUUAAAUAUAAACCUGGCAAAGAGAACGCUGCGGACUACCUAUCUCGCCAUCCAUCUGCUAAAACAUCAAAAGAAACAGAGUUCACUGAGGAGUACAUUAAUUUCGUAACUUCUAAUGCAGUUCCUAAGACAAUGAGUCUGCAUGAGAUUGGUAAAGAAACCAAUAGCGACAAAGAACUCCAGAAACUUCGCGCCGCUAUUCGCUCAGGUGUGUGGGAAUCGGUCGAUUUGUCAUACCGAGCAAUCAAAGAAGAACUUUCGAUCGGUGCUCAGAAUAUUAUUCUUAGAGGCUCAAGAAAAGUCAUUCCUCUAUCUUUACGCCAAAAGGCAAUUGACAUCGCGCAUGAAAGUCAUCAGGGGCUGUCCAAAACAAAAGCUAUGAUCAGAGAGAAAGUGUGGUUCCCAAAAAUAGAUGAAUUAGUUAAAGCAACGAUUGAUUCUUGCCUUGCUUGUCAAGCAACAGGUAAAGAAAACAGACCAGAGUCAUUGCAAUUGAGUGAAUUACCAACAAAACCAUGGGAGAAACUACACAUAGACUAUUAUGGGCCACUGCCAACAGGUGACUAUCUUGUAGUCAUUAUUGAUCGUUACUCGCGUUUUCCAGAAGUAGAAGUUGUUUCCUCUACAAAAGCUUCAACACUUAUACCUAAACUAGAUCGUAUUUUUGCUGUGCAUGGAAUUCCCGACAAGAUACAGACGGAUAAUGGCCCUCCUUUCAAUGGAGAUGAAUUCAAGCGUUAUUUACACAUAUUGGGAAUAAAACAUGACCGAAGUACUCCAAAAUGGCCACAAGCAAACGGAGAGGUCGAACGCUUCAACCAGCCGCUAGGCAAAGUUAUUCAAGCAGCAAUCGUGGAAGGAAAACCAUGGAAACAAGAAAUUCAAAGGUUCUUGAUGCAAUACCGCAUAACACCACAUUCCGUGACCAAGAUACCACCAUGUGAGUUGUUAUUUAAUCGACAAGUGAAGGGUAAAUUGCCAGUCAUUCAAAGAAAGAAUGUUACUAACAGGCAUAGAGAAGCAAUGGCAAACGAACGUCAAGGUCAGAUACACCAGAAAGAAUACACAGACAGACGACGCCAGGCCAGAGAAAGUGAAAUCAAAGUAGGCGAUCAUGUGCUGGUAAAACAAGAUAGAAAGAACAAGUUCUCCUCAAGAUUCAACAAUGUGCCAUACGUGGUAAUUUCACGCAAAGGUACCAAAGUGACAGCAGAAAACGCCAACAAGCAUCAGAUUUCGAGAAAUGUUUCGCAUUUCAAAAGAUGUGUAGCAAGACAAUACAGGCCAGAUGUAGACAACGACUAUGACAAUGAUAGCUACAAGAGAACACAAGAUCGGAGCAAUGUUCAUCAUGCAGAGCCAGAUCGAGAGAACCAAACCCAGAACAAUCAAAGAAAUCAACGUCUUCGAAGAGUCCCAGACAGAUACGGUUAUCCAAUACCGUCAGAACUUAUAAGGAGAACAACAGUUCAAAAAGGGGAAGUGAUGUCAUAAAGUGAUAGUGAACCUUCAUUAUUAUUAUUAUGAGUAAUGUGCUGAAUCUUGCUUUGGUUGCCCUGUGCAACAAUUGUUUUGUUAUGUUUUGUUAUAUUAAUAAGGGUGUUAUGGAAUUUGAGUUAGUUGUGUUUUGGAUUCGAAUAUGAAAGUAAACGAAGUGUUUUCUAUAUGAAUUGGCCUACGGAAUUAAGAGAAUAUAACAAUCACCAUUUUGUGUAACUAUUUUGUAUCAAAUCCAUCAGUAUUUUAUUUCACAUUUCCGCCGAUCACAAUCCUUACUUCAACUCUACUCCAACCGACUCACUAACUUAUUUCGAGUUACAACAUACAUUAUCACGUUGACUGAGACUUGUCGAUUGAUAUUUUCCAUACGUUUGUCCUUAUUAGGUAUUGAGAAUCAAAACAUGUUGUUUACCACUGCUUUAAAUCAAAUAUUAAAUCAACAUUAUAAUUAAAACUCUACAUGCUGCCGUGUAUCUCGGUACGUAUUACAAUACCGAAUGUAAUAACA